CCACUCAGUGUCACUGUUCCAUCUUCAGUGAAGACCCCUAUCUACACUUCACAAACAUGCAGCUGAUUAUCUUCUUGCUGAGUCUGUUCUUGCUCAUCAGUAGUCUACUGUAUAUCAGUGAGGGAGUAGCAGCAGGCUGUGAAGACUGGACACUGCAUGGAAGUAAAGAUGUCUGCUGUAGAAAAUGCAAACCAGGGAACCGUUUGGUGACACUCUGCGGACCAGAUCCAAGCCAGUUCUGUAUGCCAUGCGAGCCUAGACAUUACACAACUGAGCCUAUGAGUCCCUACUGCACCAUAUGCACUCAGUGCACAGGUAAGCUGAUAUUUCGACGUAUGUCCUUUAAUAUGACGACUCAUGAGGAGCCGCUAUCACUUGCUAUUCCUCUAAUAUCUCAUGCAUACACCACAUACCCUCAGGUUGAAGUGCAAGCCUGCACUGCUAGCAGCGACACGAAGUGUGGAUGCAGACCUGGCCUGCGCUGUGGAGAUAAGCAGUGUACCUUUUGUGUGGAUGAAUGUAAGAUAGGCGAAGAACCAACACCUCAACGUGUCUGCAGAAAAUGCCCAGAGGGAAAAUUCAAUGACCAGAUCCACAGUGCGUGUAAACCUUGGAGAAAAAGUUGUCCUGAAGGACAGACACUUGAGGCCAGUGGUAAUGCGUCCAGUGACAACAGAUGCAAGAGUGUGCCACAGCCCUCCGCUUCCACGCACAGAAAUCAAAUAAGUACAGUCUCAACUUUGCAUGUGAGGAUACCGCAUAAAGAUGAAUCUACCUGGCUGCAGGUUAUAGGAGUCAUUUUUGGAUUUUCAGGUGUCUUCAGUUUAUUCCUGUGUCUUAUGUAUCUAAGACAAAAAGCCAAGGAAGAGACAAAGGAACCAAUUGCAGAGACCUUUCCACAAGGAGAACUCACCAUCAUGAUGGUGGAACGGGAUGAAACCUGCAGCUACCACCAGCCGGAGCAGGAGCAGGGAGGCAGCUCUGAGUCUAUCAGCACGCAGGACUCGGACAGCAAACUCAUAGUGUGAUCUCCCUAGCCGCCUUCAUUUUUGCAUCAUGAUGAACUCAUGGACCAUUUACU